AUGGUGUUGAUUUACGCGGUUCGACGUCAUACAUAUUUGGCUCGAUGUGAGGAACUACACGAAUUUAUCAGGGAGAAAGCCACACAGCUUCCGGACGACGUUGGUGCGGACUUCAAGAUCAUUUGUCAACAGGUCUCUCAACAGAACGCAUUCGAACAGGACUUCCAAGCAACGGAACUACAGGUGCAGAUGAUCAACCAAACUGCGGAACAAUUACUGCCAUUGUAUGCUGGCAAAUGGACACUAUGUGCGGCAUCGUUCGCCUCUGAAGCAGAUGCAGCGGAACAAUGGUUGGAAGUUCAUGAAGCUGAUCUGCAUGUGAACGAAACAGGCGAUUCCAUCCAAUCUACUGUUGCUUUGAUCCAGAGACACGAGGCUUUGGAGCACAACUUGCUUCUUCAAGCAGAACGGUUUGAACGACUCAAACGACCCACACAAAUGGAACUAUUGGACACGACCCCCGCAGAUUAUUCGGUUUCGGGAAAAGCUGCUUCAGGAGCCGUUGUGAGCGAGGAGACAUUGGGCAUGAUCCUAGCAGUCCCUACCGUGGACUCAAUGCUCCGGCAGUUUGUUUUGGAAGCUGAGAUUGAUUCUACCGCAAAAGAGCAUGCUGACCACCAGGAAGCUAUUGUGAAUAAAUCGUCCGAUGAAGAACUGUACAGUAUCGAUCAAGCAGUUUACACAGAAAACAUGGGUGAUCUGUUGUCGCGAAAGCACGAGUUUGCGACACACUUGGUGAGGGCACGUGAUCGGACGUGGUACGAACUGUAUGUGCUUAUCGAGGCCAAUACACAACAACUGCUGUUCUAUCGGACCAAGUCGGAUUAUAAUAAGCAAGACCCGUUGGCUCAUACAUUCCACAACGAACUCGGCUUAGAUUUAGGCAGAAAUCUAUUGACCGUUUCAGUCGCUACGGACUACACGAAACGUCCUCAUGUUUUUCGAAUUUUGAAUUCGAAUACUGGAGCAUCGUACUUAUUUCAAGCUCCCAAUAAGGAGACUUUGUCUUGA